AUGCCUGGCCGUCUAAUCCCCAACCUGAUCCGGACCGCGGGUUCUCUACACUCCUCCUCCCUCACCUCUACUCCCAAUCACUCCAACUCCUCCUCAACAACCUCCGUUGAUGAAAUCCCCGGACAUCCAAAGAAGCCAGCCCACAAGUCAGCCCACAAGUCAGAACGUGCACGAUCUCCGGACCGCCGUCUAUCCUUCUCCAUGGAUCACUUGAUUCACCCUCUCCGGGACCACAGCAAAGAGAAGCGCCGCAGUCUGGGACGCGCAGGACGUUCGAAGGAGCGUUCUAGCCAUGAGGCGCACCAACCGGCGGCCAAGCUGGAUGUCCUGAUCGAGUCGCCACCACUGGUCUGCUAUGGCCCACCCACCAGCUCCACUGGCGCAUUGUUCUCCGGACGUUUGCGCAUCGCAGUCGCAGAGUUGCCUGGUGGAGUUGUCUUGAGCCAAUUUGAUGUGCGCCUCGUCCACAAGACAAGCACCAAGAAGCCUGUCUCGCAUCACUGCUCUGGCUGUGCUAGUCGCACUGAGGAGCUGACCCAAUGGAACUUUAUCACCGAGGAUCUGCACCUCAAUGGCGGAGACCACGACUUCCCUUUCAGCUACUUGUUUCCCGGCCACCUUCCUGCUUCUUGCAAUGGCGUGCUGGGCCAGAUUGAAUACUUCCUACUGGCGCAUGCCCGCAGCAUCACCGGAGAGGAAUAUAGCCUCAAGUUGCCUCUGGAUCUUAGCCGUUCUCUGCUUCCCGGCCCCGACAAGUCAUCCAUCCGCAUCUUCCCCCCAACCAACCUCACAGGCCGCAUUGUGUUGCCCUCCGUCGUUUACCCUAUCGGAAACUUCCCUGUCGAGAUGACUCUCAGUGGCGUGGUCGAAAAGGGAGAUAAGACGCAGACCCGCUGGCGUCUGCGAAAGAUGAUGUGGCGCAUUGAGGAGCAACAGAAGAUUAUCUCUACUGCAUGCCAAAAGCACGCUCACAAGAUCGGCGGCGAGGGCAAGGGUGUUUUGCAUCAGGAGACUCGUGUCAUCGGACACAACGAGGAGAAGACUGGCUGGAAGACCGACUUUGACACCGCUGGUGGUGAGAUCACCAUGCAAUUCGAUGCGAACAUCAACCCGGCUGCCAAUGCCGUGUGCGACAUGGAUGCCGCUGGCGGUUUAGAAGUCAAGCACAACCUUGUCAUCGAGCUUAUUGUCGCCGAGGAGUUCUGCCCCAAUGGCAACACCCGCCUAAUUACUCCAACCGGUGCUGCCCGUGUGCUUCGCAUGCAAUUCCACCUCCACGUCACCCAGCGUGGUGGUCUCGGGAUUAGCUGGGACGAGGAGAUGCCUCCCAUUUAUGAGGACGUUCCCGCCAGCCCUCCCUGUUACACCAAGCCCGAUCCCGCCCACAGCUUCAUUGAGGACUAUAACGGUUCCCUCCCUGACUACGACAACCUGGAGCGCAUAGACUCCUUGCGAUUGGACAGCAGCUCUACUCGCUCUUCCACCCUCUCCUCCAAUCGGUCUACCCACGGUCGCUUGCCGCGCUUUACCACUGACGAUCUCGUCACUGGGGAGUCGCCUGCCGCCUCGCCUGUUCCCUCGCGCACCCCAUCUCGCGCCCCUUCAACAGACUCCAUCCGUCAAUAA